AUGAACGCCCUCGCAUCAAAGGAUCUGAAGGCUCCGCCGGAGCCCACGCUGACCUGCGAGCUCUGCGGGAAGGUGGACUUCGCCUACAUCUUCAAAAGGUCCAAGAGGUUCUGUUCUACGGUUUGUGCCAAACGAUACAACGUGGGCUGCACCAAGAGGAUGGGGCUCUUCCCGAACCGGAAGACCACCCUGGAAUACCUGAAGAAACAACGAGCCCUGAACGGGAACCACAAGACCACUGCUCUGGAGUCCAAAAAGAAGAAACCUCCUCCUCCUGCUGCAGCGCCUCCUGCUGGCCACUCCGUGCACCCCGCGCACGGCGACUCCAGUCAGUGUUCGGACCUGUCCGGCUGCAAGACGUCCCCUCUGUCGGCCCCCCCGUGGGCUCACAGUCCGGGCUCGGACCUGCCCCUGCUGCCCCACGCCUUCCUGCCCAGCGACCCGGGUCAGUGGAACAUCGAGGACGUCUACGAGUUCAUCUCCUCGCUGCCAGGUUGUUUGGAGAUCGCCGAGGAGUUUCGCUGUCAGGAGAUCGACGGCCAGGCGCUGCUGCUGCUGAAGGAGGACCACCUCAUGGGAACCAUGAACAUCAAACUGGGCCCGGCGCUCAAAAUCUUUGCUCAGAUCAGCAUGCUGAAAAACUGGUAGCUCACCGUGCACUCAGACCUCCUCCACAGGCAGCUCCCGGACAGACGGGACUCGCUCAGGAUCUUUGGAUUGUGGUCCCGACCGCCCGACCUCAACUUCUACACUUCAGGAAUCAUGGAGUCCACGGCUGGGCCGUCUUCUGUAGGCUGUAGUUUUCAUAGACCGGUAGGUUUUCUUCUGGUUUCAGGUCC